CAUAGUGCCAAGAACUAGCUCAAUUGGUACAUAGUCUGGAACUCGCCAAACUUUUGCCUCGUGUACCUUUCGACACCACCCACUCGAAGCAUGCACCGUUCAUUCCAUAACCCCAUGCCCCAACCCCCCGUCCCUCCCUUGUGCAAGAAAAUUUGAUAUAGAAUUUGGGCAAAUUAGUUUCCUCCCUACUGCAGAAUGCCAUGGUAUUUCAGAGCUAUGCAAUUCUAUCGCGGACUUUUGACAGAAAUAUCCCAGCCAGCGACCCACCCUCAUACAAAGGGGUGGCUUUGGGGGGCACUGGAGCAGGAGCAAUACAGAGCCUAAUUAUCAGCCCUGUGGAAUUGGUGAAAAUCAGACUUCAAUUGCAAAGCAAAACCCAUCAGCAGAACAAUCAAACAACUAGUCUCAAGGGUCCAAUAGAUGUCACAAGAAGAAUAAUCAAACAGGAAGGUUGGAGGGGAAUCUACAGGGGAUUAACCAUUACUGUCCUAAGAGAUUCACACUCUCAUGGUCUGUAUUUCUGGUUAUACGAGUAUACGAAGGAGCAACUUCAACCUGGCUGUCGCAAGAACGGCCAAGAGAGCUUUCAAACAACGCUCAUAGCAGGUGGUCUAGCAGGAGCUGUUAGCUGGAUAAGCUGCUAUCCCCUAGAUGUUGUUAAGACCAGACUCCAAGCUCAAUCAAAUACAAAAUACAGUGGUAUUGUUGAUUGCUUCAGGCGAAGUGUUAAAGAAGAGCGACACGGUGUGCUCUGGCUAGGUUUGGGAACGACUGUUGGCAGAGCAUUCAUAGUGUAUGGGGCUAUAUUCACUGCCUAUGAAACUGCUCUGAGGUACCUUUUCAACAAGGGUGACAAUAAUCAUGCAAACGCUCAAUCUGGAAAGGCAUUAUGAAACAAGAGUAAAAAACUGCUCUUUAAAGUGCAUCAACUCUUUUGGUUGGCAUAAGUUGGAGCUCUGAAACACUGAUCAUUCACUAUAACCGCAGUUAUUUAGCCAAUGCCUCCAAAUGAGAGAAUUGAUUGGAUUGGAUU